AUGCGGUUUGCCAAAGCUCAAGCGCCCACGCCGCGGUUCGGAUACCUUAUUCGCCUUGGCCUAGAGUCCAUUGGCGUUCACUACGUCUCAAUCGACCUUCUUCGCAAAGCAAAGAAGAAUCGGACAACAGAGCACGAGUAUUGGGUGCUAUGGAGACUGCUCCACGAUCUUGUGCUUGUGGAACUAGCCGGAUUCGAAAUUGAUAGAAGAGAAUUUGAGCUUUUAAACGAUGCCGGAACACUGAGGAGUGCGCUCCUUGAUGCUAAGUUACAUAAGAUCCAGAUGGAGUUAGUACGCUUCUACCUAUAUGAUUGGGGUUUUGUAUGCUCUGAGUUAUACUCGAAGACAGUACGCCCAUCAAGCCAAAUACUGCUGCUUGCCAUUGCCUGGCUGUUUGCGUUUUCUAAUUUCUUCGAAAGGCAGCAUCGCGACGUCAUUGAACGCUACAUGGGGUCCAAACAACUGCAUCUACCUCCAUUUCCAGAUAAUGUCGACAUUAGUUUUGAAAGCGCUCAAUUGGCUGCGGCAAAUGUUUUGUCGACAGCAGUUGAGGUUUGUGACAAGAAGUUACCGCUAGAAGGUCGAAUGCACCAAUUGCACUGUGGUUUCGGUCGCUUACAAAGUCAACUGAAUGAAUUCAAAGCGUAUGUUCGAUAUAUUGAACGACUGUCAAAGCGUCUGAAAGCAUUGCAAGAUAUGUCGAAAGCGUGCCAAGACGAAAUGAUUCCAGCCUACGUACUUGAUCUAGUGAUGAGACCUACAGAAAUAUUAAGUGAGCAAGUGCAGGUGUUAGCACAAAGUGUGCAAAUGAUUGAAGACGAACAAAUGUUUUACAAGUGGAUCAAUAGUCUUGUUCUAGCACUCGAAGAUGAUAGCAAAACAUCAAACACUCAAGCAGACUCAAGUGCUUUACCAAAUAAAAUUUCUGAGUCAUUGCAUGCUGAAAUUCAUAAAGUUCAAACGCUUUUUGAAAAAAAUGCUGAGAUUAUGCAACAAGUCGAGCGGAUUUACGAAGAGGAAUGGAACAAAUGGGUCUACAAGCAAAAGUCUUGCUUACAGCAAUCGUGGAAGGCCAAGCAGAGUAGCCAUAUCAUGAGAGGUGCCAGAGAGAUUUACGUGGUGACAAAGGAUGACAUUGAACAGCUGCAGAGUCAAAUGACAAGCAUUAUUGGUGAAAUUUCGCAGGGAUAUUGUGAUUUGCAGUUGCAGUGA